GAUGCUAAAUUGUUAUUCAAUUUUUCUCUUCUACUUUCCUUAUUGCUCCCAGAAAAUUAUUCAUUGUUGGCACGCAUUUAGCUCAAUGAAAGUUAUUAAAGUUAUUUGUUGAUUUUUAGGAAUUUCAUUUGAAUGAGGGGGUGGUGAAGGGUGAUUUAUUAAAGAAAUUGUUAAUUGGUCUUGUGAUCAAAGGAAACUGAUAAGAAAAAAAUAAAAACUUUGAAUCGUAAAGGGAAUUAAGAUAACAAAAAAAGAUGGAAAGCACUGGCAGUCCUUUUCCUCGAUGGCAACUUGCAAUAUUACUUGGAACGCCUCUUGCUAUUGGUCUUGGAUACUUCUAUUGGAGAAAACAACAAACAGCUAUCGAAGAAAGUGUCGAUGAUGUCGAUGAAAAAGCCGACAAAAAAUUGAAAAAAGGAGUGAAAUCAAUUUCAAUCGAUGGUGAUACAACAUUAUCUGCUGCAAAUGGUGUCAAGAAAUCAGCAGCUUUAAAAGACGAACCGGCAAAGAAAAAGGACCUGUCACCGUUUGAACAAGCUGUAAAGCAUAAGGAAUCUGGAAAUGAAUGCUUUAAAAAUGGAAAGUAUGACGAAGCCAUCAAAUUCUACAAUCAAGCUAUCGACGUUUGUCCAAAAGACAAAGAUAUUGAUUUAUCACAAUUUUAUCAGAAUCGUGCAGCAGCUUACGAACAACUUAAAAAGUGGACCUCAGUUGAGCAGGAUUGUACAAAAGCAUUGGAAUUAAAUCCUCGUUAUAUUAAAGCUCUUCACAGACGAUGUCGAGCUUAUGAAAAUUUGAAACAAUUGGAACUUUGCUUAGAAGAUGUAACAGCUGUGGCUAUCCUUGAAGGCUUCCAAAACAACAAUUCAUUGAUAUUUGCUGACAGAAUUCUGAAGGACUUGGGAAUGAAACAUGCUAAGGAGGCAAUGUUAACAAAAGAACCAGUCGAGCCUUCAAAACAUUUCGUCGUAAAUUAUUUCAAAUCAUUCUCUCAAGAUCCUGUUCAUAAAGUUGUUGUCACAAGUUCAGAACCGAAAGGUUUUGUUCGUGCUAUCAAAGCUUUUAAAGAUGCAAACUACAAUGAAGUCAUCAAUGCGUGCACUGAGGAAAUUGAGACUUGUGAAGAUGACUCGGAAUAUAAAUUAGAGGCAAUCCUUCUACGUGGUACUUUCUACCUUCUUUCAGGACAAUACGAAUUGUCUCUUAAAGAUUUGAAUACCAUCAUUAAGAAUAAAGAAGCUGAUGCUAAGUUGAGAUCAAAUGCACUUACAAAACGUGCCAGCUUACAUAUGCAAACUGAUGAAAAGAACCUUUCAUUCGAAGACUUUGAAAAGGCAAUUGAAAUCGAUCCUGAAAAUCCUGACAUUUAUCAUCAUCGCGGACAAGUUUAUUUACUAGUUGAAGAAUUACAAAACGCUGUUGCUGAUUUCUCGAAAGCCACAAAACUUGCACCGAAAAAUCCCCUUACAUACGUUCACAAAUUAUAUUCUGAAUAUCGUCAGGCAGUAAAUGAUCAAGAUAACACAAAACUUUUCGCUAAAGUUGAAGAAUUUAGUGAAGCCAUCAAACAAUUUCCAUCUUGUAUUGAAGUUUACAGUCUUUUUGCGCAAAUCUUAUCAGACCAGCAACAGUUUGAGCUUUCGGACGAUUAUUUUGAAAAAGCGAUGAAAAUUGAGCCUGGAAAUGCUGGACUUUAUGUUCAUCGAGGACUUUUAAAUUUACAAUGGAAAGGUAAUAUGAAUGAAGCAUUGAAAAUGUUGGAGAAAGCUAUUGAAGUUGAUGAUAAAUGUGAAUUUGCUUAUGAAACACUUGGUACUGUUGAGGUUCAAAGAGGAAACCUUGAACGAGCUAUAAGUCUUUUCGAGAAAGCAAUGAAGUUGGCAAAAUCAGAAAUGGAGCUUAUUCACAUUUUCUCAUUAAAGGAUGCAGCACAAGCACAGUUGAAUGUAACAAAGAAGAUGGGAUUAUCGUUAGCAUCUCUGAUGUCAAGCAUGCCACAAUAGUUCUAAGAUAAACUGACAAAAAAUGAAUUGUUGAACAACUCUUUAGUGUUUUUGUUGCUCUUGAAUCCUUUCGAAUAAAUUCAAACGAAAUCUUUUAGUCUUCAGUUCAUUUAGAUGUUUAACUAAUUAAAAGAGUUUCUUUGGCUGGAAAUUCCAUUUAAUA